AUGUCUCACAUUUUUGAUGCGUCUGUGUUAGCUCCACACAUUCCUUCGAAUCUUCCUGACAAUUUUAAAGUUCGUCCCUUGGCAAAAGACGAUUUCUCGAAAGGAUAUGUUGAUCUUCUGAGUCAGUUGACUUCGGUCGGAAAUCUUGAUCAGGAAGCAUUUGAAAAGCGAUUUGAGGCGAUGAGGACCUCGGUCCCCAAUUAUCAUAUAGUCGUCAUCGAAGAUUCCAAUUCUCAAAAAGUUGUUGCAUCUGCCAGUUUGGUUGUCGAAAUGAAGUUCAUUCACGGGGCAGGAAGUCGCGGAAGGGUUGAAGAUGUUGUCGUGGAUACUGAAAUGCGUCGUCAAAAAUUAGGAGCCGUUCUUUUGAAGACUCUUGUUUCUCUUGGAAAGUCUCUCGGAGUUUACAAAAUUUCUCUCGAGUGUGUUCCUGAACUUCUCCCAUUCUACUCACAAUUCGGGUUCCAGGACGAUUGCAAUUUUAUGACUCAGCGCUUCUAA